GCCCUCUAUAGGGAGUUGGUUAUCUCUAUUGGAGAGAUUUCCACUGAUUGUCCCUCUCUUCGUGCGGAAAUGCACAAGACACGCACAAAAGGCUGUGAGAUGGCACGGACCGCACAUCAAAACCUUUCUGCAAUAUCAGGGUAAUUCAAGAACAGGAAAAUAAAGUAUCCACCAUGCCACAGCAUUCCACCUGGGAAUUACAGAGCAGUAAUUACAGGCGUAGGAUUCUGAGAAAUAUGAUUUUCUGAGAAUUCUCACUGGCCACUGAGCUAAUGUGUUUAUAGCUCUAGAUUGUCUGUACAGCCUUGUAAACAUGCUGCUCAGAAAUAUUCAAACAUCCAAUAAUUUUGCUGGCAUCUUGAAUAUUGCCAUGUUUUCAAUGGGCUUUAUAUUUGGCCAUUAAGUUGCAUAAAGACAGUGUCAUUUAAUUAGAUCCAUGGUCCUUUUAAAGGUCCUUUUGUUAGUGCUUGUAAGUUUGAUUCAAUUCUGUGAAUCAGUGCCGUUUCCAUUUCAAUGAAUCAAUUCAAAACUCAAUUUGCAUUCAAUUUGCCUCAGUGAGAAAUCCGGUUCACAUUAAAUAUAAUCCUUCCUUUUGUUCAUUUAGUGUUGAAGACAUGCCAUGAUUAUUUUUACUUACAUUUUUUACUGUGUUUUAACUACUGUACAUUAAAGAUUUAGAAACUACUUGGCAACAAUGGCUGUUUAGUUGAAAUGAUGGUCCUUCAGAAGUUUUAAGCAGUUUCAGCGUAAAUAAUAAAAACCAAUGUAUUGAUUAUCAUCAAAAGACUGAAAAAUACAGAAAUAUUUGCUUUAGCUAUAUUGCCCACAAUGUAUCUAAGACUUAUGAUUUCUGUCAGUGGUCACUUGUUGUGGACUGUGAGGCAUAUGAAUGCAAGGAUAUGUAACUUGUGAGAAAUUAGACAGGUUGAAGCUCAAGGGCUCGGGGCCAGAACUCUGAGAUGCAUUAUUGAUGCUUUUUUCACAGCCCAGAAGAUGGAGAAAUACAUCCGGAGAUCUGCCGCCUCUUCAUCCAGCUGCAGUGCUGUCUGGAAAUGUACCUAACGGAGAUGCUGAAGUCUGUAUGUCUGCUGGGAUCCCUGCAGCUCCACAGAAAAGGGAAACAUUAUUCAGGAGCUACAAAGGUUGACAGUAAGAAAGAGGACAGCUCUGACAUCCCAAUCCUGGAAGACACGUCCUCCACUCCAGCGGACUGUCCGCAGACAUAUUUCCUGGUGGCCACAGACAUUGAGAACAUUGAGAGGGACAUGACAGAAAUGAAAAAUCUGCUAAGCAAACUCAGGGAGACAAUGCCUUUACCACUGAAGAACCAAGAUGACAGCAGUUUGUUGAAUCUGACGCCAUACCCGUUGGUCCGGCAGAGAAAGCGGCGUUUCUUUGGCCUCUGUUGUCUGGUGUCCAGCUAAGAGCUCUCUCCCAGAAUCCAGUCACAAAUGACUGUUUCCUCACAAUGUGUGACACUCACCAAUCAACAGUACUACUGCCAUUUCCAAAACCAGUGCUUUCUUUUGGUGAGUUCUGUCCAAUUUCCUACUGCUAUGAGAAUAAAUAGUAAUAUCUGUGUAACAUCAGUAGUCAUACAAACACUAUAUAAUAUUUGAUCAUUUUUAAAUGAAUGUUCGUCUACAUUAUGCUUAGUAAAGAAAAUGGUUUGUAGUAUGACUACAGCUAUGUUUAUCCAUACAAUUCAUAUGCUGUGCUUUUUGUCAAGACAGGUGUUGUAAUGAGGCGUUCAAGAGUGCUAAUUAGAGCAAAGGUUAUGAUGCUAAACAUUUACGAUGCUUUUUUUUUUUUAAUACUGCACAACAUGAGUGAAUGUGGUAUCUGUUGUUUCUUUUGUUCUGCUUUUUUUGCUGUUACAAUAUUUUUACUACAGUAUUAUUUAGUCUUCCAUAAACCGAAAUCCUGUAACUUUUUUCUUUUUGUUUCAGCCUUUAGGAGUAUAAAAUACCUGAAGAAGCCUUUGUAAAUAAAGAAUAUAUCUAUAAAUGGAAAUUUUAGAGAUGUACAUAUACAAUGUAAACCUAGCACUCUGAAUUAUUUUUCAAAACUGUGAUUCCUUUAAAGAGAUUGUCAGUAAAGGAUGGCAUGUCUAUCCAUCUGGUGUGAUAUAAGUCCAGAUUGGAGGGGCUCAGCAUGGGUCUUGCUUAUUAAUAACAGUUCUAAAUGUGUCAGGCAUGGUGAAGAUACUGUAGUGUUUAUGAAAAGGCACAGUGUCGUUUUACAUUGGUAAUAAACCUUUUUUUAAUGAUUUAACAAAACUGGAACUUUGUGUCUUGUAUUAAAAAUUAUAUUUUAUUUAACAUGACGAGUUAAGAAAAGGUACAGAAAUCAAAUCAAAUAAGUCAUUAUGAAUAUAUAUUAUCCUCUUUUCAGAGAAACUAUUUGAAAAAUAUAGGCUGUUUAGAUAAAAACCACCUGAUAGCCAUGCUAUUAUCCACGAUUCUCAGAACAAUCUUCUGACAGGUCACAGGCUCUAAUUUCAAUGGACAAAAACAAUGUCUCCCAUUAAAAUAUCACUUUUGGAUCUCAGUCGGUUAUAGGUAAUUGGAUUUGUUUGCACAUUAAUAGGGAGGCUGUGAAAUUCACACCUGGCAGCAGUUCCUACCCUUUUACUUUCUCAAAGCAAUGCGGAAGCAGUAAUGGAGAAUGAAGAAAAAAACUGUUUACAAGAAUAGACACGGUUUUCAGGUUAAUUAUUUGGCUGCACUGCUGACUCUGGACAAGCUGUUGGCGGAAUCUGGGCAGGUUGUCAGGAGUUUGGCAGGACGUCUGAAUCUGGCUGAAUAGGAUGCUGUUCUGAGCCCAGUAGAAGUCCAGAACAGGUCUACAGAAAUACAUGGUUGAAAUUGUGCAGUAAUUGGUCUCUUGCUGGUCUUGGUAUGAUGCCCAUCUUUAAAAAAAUAAUAAUGAAAUAAAGAUUUAAAAAAUUUUUUACAAGAAAUCGAAAUGAGAGUUUUCGUGACUUUUAGCCUCAAAGCUAACACACAUUGAUUGUCUAUACACUAGCUUAGUCCUAAAUGUUGACAAAAUUCACUUUUUUGUGAAUUCGCUUCUGGGACAACAGACCAAAAUAUUGAUGACAUCCUGCACUACACAGCUUUUCAAUAGAGUGCUGCAGGGAUGAAGUGUUUUUGUUGGCCAAAACCCAGAAACGAGUUAGCAUUUUAACACUUCAGGUUCCACUGUACUGAAGUCAGUGGGGGGUUUGAAUGGUUUUUUGGUUAAAUGCUUAAAAGGUCUGUGGUGAAAUUCUUACUUGGCUCAAGAUUGAUUUUCACAUUUCCACGACAUAAAAUACAUCAGUAAUACCCCCUUGUGAUUUUUCAAAGCUUUUAUUUGUCUCGAAAAUGGCUAUUGCUAACCACUGGCUAAAUGGGACUACAGGGGUUGUGGGGGACAUUAACCCCUUAUCAUUCCUGCAAAACCCCUUAAAAGGCAUACCCAAAGUAAAUUGCAUGCCGUUCUUGAACCAUUUGGAGUAUAUGCAUAGUUUUGGUCUCUUUUGAAAGGUAUGUGUACCACAGGCAGUACAGUAGAACGCUAACAGGUUAUCAGCCAAUAAGGAAAAAUCAUCUACUCACUAUAGUCCGCUUUCACAGCCUCAUUGUGUUUAUAAUCAUGUUAAAACUCUCAGGGAAAAUGUUUUUAAAUAAAGACUGAUUGAGGCUUAAUGGUGGUGACGCUGAAGUCAUGUGCCUGUGUUGUAGUUUGUUUAUAGACUACAUUUAGCUUUUUAAUUCUGCCGAUUGUACGAAUCAUAAACGUUUGUUAGUCACAGAGCUUAUUUUCUGCAAUUAUCCAAAAGCCAAUGGAAAAAUCUUAUUGGGUUUUUGUUGAGGGAACCAGUGUGAUGCUAACUUACAGGCUGGCCUACAAAAAUGCAUCACUUCUGCUGCGCUCUAUUCUUUUGUCCUCUCCAAACAUCCUGUUUUAACAGAAAAUAUGUCAACACAAGAAAGAAAACUGCACUUGUCAAACCAUCUGAAUUUUUUGCAAA